AGCCGCCCCUCGCGGGCGGGCCAUGCCCCAGGGGCCGGGCGCGGCGCAGGGACCGCUGCCAAACUUCUCCGGGAGCCGAGCGCCGCCCGUGCCUAGGGAGCGCCCCGGCCCGCCGGACUCGGGGUCCCCGCCGCCGGCGGGCGCCAGGGAGAGACUCCGCAGCUCCUGCCCGAGCUCGUCUGCUGCCGCCCCGGGCCAGCCGCGGCCGGGGCCGGGGCGCGCUGCGCUCACGAUGGUCAGCGCCGGCCGGGGGCUCCUGAGCCUGCUGCUCCUGCUGCGGCUCCCGCUGCUCGCGGCCGCCGCCGCCAAGGCGCCCGUGUGCCAGGAGAUCACGGUGCCCAUGUGCAAGGGCAUCGGCUACAACCUGACCUACAUGCCCAACCAGUUCAACCACGACACGCAGGACGAGGCGGGGCUGGAGGUGCACCAGUUCUGGCCGCUGGUGGAGAUCCAGUGCUCGCCGGACCUGCGCUUCUUCCUCUGCAGCGUGUACACCCCCAUCUGCCUGCUGGACUACGCCAAGCCCCUGCCGCCCUGCCGCGCCGUGUGCGAGCGGGCCAAGGCCGGCUGCUCGCCCCUCAUGCGCCAGUACGGCUUCGCCUGGCCCGAGCGGAUGAGCUGCGACCGGCUGCCGGCGCUGGGGGACCCGGACACGCUCUGCAUGGAUUACAACCGCAGCGAGCCCACCACGCCGCCCGCCGCGCCGCCCGCCCUGGCCAAGCCCACCCGCGCCUCCAGGGGGCCCCAGCGGAGCCUGAGCCCGGACUGCGGCCGGGUGUGCCGCUGCACCGAGCCCUUCGUGCCCAUCGCCCGCGAGUCCCACCCGCUCUACAGCAAGAUCCGGACCGGCCAGGUGCCCAACUGCGCCGUGCCCUGCUUCCAGCCCUACUUCACCCAGGACGAGAAGACCUUCGCCAGCUUCUGGAUCGGGCUCUGGUCCAUCCUCUGCUUCCUCUCCACCUCCACCACCGUGGCCACCUUCCUGAUCGACAUGGAGCGGUUCCGCUACCCGGAGCGGCCCAUCAUCUUCCUCUCCGCCUGCUACCUCUUCGUCUCCCUGGGCUACAUCGUGCGGCUGGUGGCGGGCCACGCCAGUGUGGCUUGCAACCCGGAGUACCGCCACGUGCACUACGAGACCACGGGCCCCGCGCUCUGCACCAUGGUCUUCCUCCUGCUCUACUUCUUCGGCAUGGCCAGCUCCAUCUGGUGGGUGAUCCUGUCCCUCACCUGGUUCCUGGCCGCCGGCCUGAAAUGGGGCAACGAGGCCAUCGCCGGCUACUCGCAGUACUUCCACCUGGCCGCCUGGCUCAUCCCCAGCGUCAAGUCCAUCGCCGUGCUGGCCCUGAGCUCGGUGGACGGGGACCCGGUGGCGGGGGUGUGCUACGUGGGCAACCAGAACCUGGACAACCUGCGGGGCUUCGUGCUGGCCCCCCUGGUGGUCUAUCUCUUCACCGGGACCCUCUUCCUGCUGGCGGGCUUCGUGUCCCUCUUCCGCAUCCGCAGCGUCAUCAAGCAGGGGGGCACCAAGACGGACAAGCUGGAGAAGCUGAUGAUCCGCAUCGGCAUCUUCACCGUCCUCUACACGGUGCCGGCCACCCUGGUGGUGGCGUGUUACGUGUACGAGCAGCACUACCGGGAGAGCUGGGAGAGGGCGCAGAACUGCUCCUGCCCCGGCGACCCCAGCAAGCCCAAGCCGGACUACGCCGUCUUCAUGCUCAAGUAUUUCAUGUGCCUGGUGGUGGGCAUCACCUCGGGCGUGUGGAUCUGGUCCGGGAAGACGCUGGACUCCUGGAGGCAGUUCACGGGGAGGUGGUGCCGGGGGAGGAAGCCCUCCAUGUACGGGGAAGCCAGCUCCGCUUUGACAGCCAGGGCUGGGGGCGCGGCCGCCGCUUCCUACCACAAGCAGGUCCCGCUUUCUCAGGUGUGAGGAGCACCGGGACCGCGCCAGACUCCCCCGGGGCCGUGGGAGCUCCGCUCCGGGAGCUGCUGCCUCCCCCAGCACUUCGUAAGG